GGGGGCGGGCGGGAACAGCGGCCCCGGGAGCCCCGGGCGCUGCCAGGGGAAGGGGAAGGGGGCCCCGGAGUGUGUCCCUCGCGGUCCCGGCCCUGGGCCGGCGGACCCGACGCCCGGGGCUGGGGGAGCUCUCCGGGCCCGCCAGGGCGCCCCUCCCCUCCCCCUCCCCCGCCGGCCGCAAUGAGAGGCAGAUGGCGGGGACUGAGCCGGGGGCGGCGGCUGCCGCUCUCACGGAAUUCGCGCUGCCCGCGGCCCCCUCCCCCGGGCCGGGCCCGGCACGCAGCAUCCCCUCGGCUGUACCCCCGCCCCCAGAUGGGGGGAGCGAGGGAGGAGCCACCUCCCCUCGUUGCCACAGCCCUGGAGCCCCCCUCCCUUGGCCACUGUUGCGAUGGCAACUGGGGCUCCUGCCAGCACCGUUUGGGGGUUUGGGAGCCGCUGCUAAUUGGGUUCAUGUAACUGGACUCAGAGGACGCCCCGCCAUGCUGCCGUCUGGCCCUGGGGGAGCCCCCUCCCUAUGGCGCUGCCCCUAUUGGCAUUCCUCGGCCUCCACCCCCUCGGCCUGGCAUGCAUUCGCCACCACCCCGCCCGGCCCCCUCACCUGGCACUUGGGAGAGCCAGCCCGCCCGGUCAGUGAGGCUGGGGGGACCGGGAGGGGCUUCCGGGGGGGUUGGGGGAGGCCGUGUUCUUGAGUGCCCUAGCAUCCGCAUCACCUCCAUCUCUCCCACGCCCGACCCGCCGGCCACGCUGGAGGACAACCCUGAUGCCUGGGGGGACGGCUCCCCCAGGGAUUACCCGCCACCAGAAGGCUUUGGGGGCUACCGAGAGACCGGGGGCCAGGGCGGGGGUCCCUUCUUCAGCCCCAGCCCUGGCAGCAGUAGCCUGUCCUCGUGGAGCUUCUUCUCCGACGCUUCAGACGAGGCAGCCCUGUAUGCGGCCUGCGACGAGGUGGAGUCUGAGCUAAAUGAGGCGGCCUCCCGCUUUGGCCUGGGCUCCCCCCUGCCCUCGCCUAGGGCCUCCCCUAGGCCGUGGACCCCCGACGAUCCCUGGAACCUGUAUGGUCCGAGCCCCGGAGGUCGGGGGCCAGAGGAUAGCUGGCUACUCCUCAGCGCUCCUGGGCCCACCCCAGCCUCCCCGCGGCCCGCCUCUCCCUGUGGCAAGCGGCGCUAUUCCAGCUCUGGGACCCCGUCUUCGGCCUCCCCAGCUCUGUCCCGCCGCGGCAGCCUGGGGGAGGAGGGGCCCGAGCCACCUCCACCACCCCCAUUGCCUCUGGCCCGUGACCCUGGCUCCCCUGGCCCUUUUGACUACGUGGGAGCCCCACCCGCGGAGAGCAUCCCGCAGAAGACCCGGCGGACCUCCAGCGAGCAGGCAGUGGCUCUGCCUCGGCCUGAGGAGCCUGCCCCGUGCAAUGGGAAGCUGCAGUCAGGAGCAGAGGAGGCCGUGGCUCCUCCCGGGGGUCCUCGGAAGGAGGUGGCGGGCAUGGACUACCUGGCAGUGCCCUCCCCACUGGCUUGGUCCAAGGCCCGGAUUGGGGGACACAGCCCCAUCUUCAGGACCUCUGCCUUACCCCCGCUGGAUUGGCCUCUGCCCAGCCAGUAUGAGCAGCUGGAGCUGAGGAUUGAGGUGCAGCCUAGAGCCCACCACCGGGCCCAUUACGAGACUGAGGGCAGCCGAGGGGCUGUCAAAGCUGCCCCUGGUGGUCACCCUGUAGUCAAGCUCCUAGGCUACAGUGAGAAGCCACUGACCCUACAGAUGUUCAUUGGCACUGCAGAUGAAAGGAACCUGCGGCCUCAUGCCUUCUAUCAGGUGCACCGUAUCACAGGCAAGAUGGUGGCCACAGCUAGCUAUGAAGCUGUAGUCAGUGGUACCAAAGUGUUGGAGAUGACCCUGCUUCCUGAGAACAACAUGGCAGCCAACAUCGACUGUGCUGGAAUCCUGAAGCUCCGGAACUCAGACAUUGAGCUGCGGAAGGGGGAGACAGACAUUGGGCGCAAGAACACACGUGUACGGCUCGUCUUCCGGGUGCACGUGCCCCAGGGCAGCGGGAAGGUCGUCUCAGUGCAGACAGCAUCAGUGCCCAUUGAGUGCUCCCAGCGCUCGGCCCAGGAGCUGCCCCAGGUAGAGGCCUACAGCCCCAGUGCCUGUUCUGUGAGAGGAGGAGAGGAACUAGUGCUCACUGGCUCCAACUUCCUGCCAGACUCCAAGGUGGUGUUCAUCGAGAGGGGCCCUGGUGAGCACUCAUGGGGGCGGGGGGCAGGCAGGAAGAGUUUGGAACGGGCAAGUGAGAGAUCUCUGGCACUGUCAUUAAACUAGCAAGUUGAACCUCAGUUUCCUUAUCUGUGAAAGGGAACAGAUGGACUGCCCUU